AUGGGGAUGGAGAUGACGAUGAAGAUGAUAUUGAAAAUGAAGAAGAUGAGAAAGAUGAUGAGGAAGAAGAUGACAAAGAUGAUGAGGAAGAAGAUGAACGAAGAUGAAGACCAAGAUGAUGAAGAACAUGGUGGCGAAGAUGAUAACGAAAACGAUGGCGAAGGAGAUGACGAAGAUGAUGAAAAAGAUGAUGACGAAGAAGAUGACGAAGAUGAUGACGACGAGGACGUUGGUGAUGACUCAGUACGUGAUGUGGUUUGGUGUCUUGAUGUCACGAUGAAGAUUGUGACGUCAUCUCAAAAUGCUACGUCACGUGUCAUGUGCUUGUUCGCCAUUCAAGAUGAGCUAACUUUUGGUUGA